GAUCUGGGUCCAGAGAAGCAAUUGAUAUCAAGGCUCCGCUGUGGGAUCAUGUCACCAUUCUAGAGAGGCCUAAAGCUGGUGGAGGAAAUGCUUUAUGGAGAUGCAACUAUUGUCCAUUGGAAAAAAGCAGCAGCUACACUAGAGUUGAAGCUCAUUUGCUGCAGAAAUCAGGGAAGGGGAUUAGCAAAUGUCCGAAGGUUUCAUAUGAAAUGCUGAGUGAGAUGAGGAGGGAAGUGGAAAGGUGCAAGGAGCUGGUGGAAAGAGCAAAGACACGCACCGUUGCUUUGCCUGUAGCUCCUUCUUCAGCCAAUUACAACAAGAAGAACAAGAGGGGACCUGCUUCUAUAUUGGAAAAAUCUUGAGCAUUGCAAGACCGCAAGCACUUGGAUGCUUUAAUUGUUAGAGCAAUGUAUUCUAGAGGGAUAUCUUUCAACUUUUUGAGAAACCCAUAUUUUAGAGAAGCUUUUGCAUUUGCUUGCAGCCACAAUUUGCAAGGUUACACAAUUCCUGGGUAUAAUAGGGCUAGGGAAUCACUCCUGAAGCAAGAAAGAAGGCACAUAGAGACUCUAUUGGAGAGUACAAAGAGCACAUGGCCAGAGACAGGGGUCACAAUCUGCAGUGAUGGUUGGUCAGAUCCUCAGAGGAGGCUAAUCAUCAACUUCAUUGCUGUUUCUGAGAAAGCUCCAAUGUUUUUGAGGGCUGACAAUUGUGACGGAGAAUACAAGUCAAAAGAAUACAUUGCUGAGAAGUUGAGGGCUAUUAUUGAUGAAGUAGGUCGACAAAAUAUGGUACAAAUCAUCACAGAUAAUGCUGCAAACUGCAAAGGUGCGGGUCUUUUAAUUGAAGCUGAAAAUGAUCACAUAUUUUGGACACCUUGUGUAGUGCAUACUCUCAACCUUGCUAUGAAAAAUAUAUGUGAACCUAAACUGCCAAGGACACCUACUGAUGAGGAUAUGCAUGUUUGGGGACAACUAGAAUUUAUACAUGAUGUUAAAGUUGAGGCUAGUAUGAUCAAGAAUUUCAAAAUGAAUCAUGGCAUGCGUCUUUCCAUGUUCAAUGAGUUCAGCCAUUUGAAGUUGCUUUCUAUUGCUGAAACAAGAUUUGCAUCGGUUGUGUGUAUGCUAAAACGGUUUGUUGAGGUAAAAGCAGCUCUCCAACACAUGGUGAUUAGUGACAAAUGGAGCAUCUAUAAAGAGGAUGCUUCAGCUGCCCAACAUGUAAAGGAAAAAAUACUAAGUGAUGUCUGGUGGGGCAAUGUAGAUUACAUUCUUAGGAUCACUACUCCUAUCUAUGAUAUGAUACGCUUUGCGGACACCGACACCCCAUGUCUUCACUUAAUCUAUGAGAUGUGGGAUUCAAUGAUUGAGAAAGUGAAGAAAGAGAUAUAUCUGUAUGAAGGGAAGGAACCAAAUAAGGAGUCAGACCUCUACUCUGUUAUUCAUGAUAUAUUGAUUGCUAGGUGGACAAAAGGCAAUAAUCCACUACAUUGUUUGGCUCAUUCACUCAAUCCAAGAUUUUACAGCAACAAGUGGCUUGAAGAAGGUGCUGGUCGACUACCCCCCACAAGGAUAAGGAGGUAUCACAAAUGAGGAUGACUUGCUUCAAGAAGUUCUUUCGCAUACCGCAAGAGUUGGCUAAAGUAAAGGAAGAAUACUCAAGGUUUUCUAGUUGUUCAGAAGAAUUCAAUGAUCCUGAUUCUAUACAUGAUAGAUGGGUUGUUUCCCUAAUGACUUGGUGGACAAAUCAUGGACAAUCUGUCCCUCUAUUGAUGAGUUUGGCCUUAAAAUUAUUGAGCCAACCGGCCUCCUCUUCUUGCUGUGAAAGAAAUUGGAGCACAUAUAGCUUCAUCCAUAGUGUCAAGAGAAAUGCCUUAACUCCUGAGCGGGCUGAAGAUUUGGUCUUUGUGCACUCAAAUCUGAGGCAUUUGUCAAGAAGAACCGAUGCAUACAAGACAGGAGAGACAAGGAUGUGGGAUGUUGGAGGAGAUUCUUUUGAUUCCCUUAGUGGUGUAGGUCUUCUUGAAGUUGCUGACCUCUCCGUUGAUGAGCCUGACUUGCAGACUAUAUCAUUUGGAUUGGGUGAUCUUGAGGUUGAAAGUGUGGAGGAGAAUGAGGAAAUCGAGGAAGAAGCUUGAUGUUGAUAGCUUGAUGCUAUCCUAUAUUGCUAGUUUGCUACUACCUUUUAUUAAUUUCCUAAAUAAAAACCUGCUAUCAUGUUAUUCUGAGUGUAAUAGACCUUAAAUGUCUCUUUGUUGAACUUGAAUAUCUAUUUUGCAA